CUCAUUCUCUCUCUAAAUUUUCCACUAAGAAACUCCACUUACAUGAAGAUCAAAUCGGCGGGAUUUAUCAUCAAAUUUUUAAAUCGCGAAUUGCAAAUGGAUUCAACUGAAGCUCCGAUCCAAGCGAUGAGCCAAAAUUUCCAGUUGUUACUUAAGAACGAUGAAUUUACUGAGGAAGAAGUGGAUCUUUUAUAUGACUUAUUCAAUAAACUCAGCAACUCUGUUGUCAAAGAUGGUUUUAUUCAAAAGGAGGAACUUCAACUUGCAUUAUUUAAGAAUAGUAUGAAGAGAAGCCUUUUUCUGGACAGAGUAUGUGUUUCCUUUUAGUUGUUAGAUGCUGAUGUCCCAUAUUUAUGCAAGAAUUUCCAAUCUAAGUAUGUGUUCACUUGUUCUUUUUCCUUCGGUUUGCAUAAUACUGAAGU